AUGACGGCGAAUUUGAUCAUAGCAAUUUGUGGUGCAAUUACUUUCAUUAUUCCAUUAAUCCAACUUUCCAUUGGAUUCAAUCAUGUCGUCAAAGAUGGAACUAGUGCUGAUACUGUAUGUCGUGUAGCACCUGAUCUACCGUUGCUUUUGGCUAUCGGUGGUAUAUUUGCAUUAUUCUUCUUAGGUACAGCAUACGGUUUGUUAAAAAUGAUUUCAUCAGUAAACAAGCAGCAAAGUGAUAUUGCUGGAAAAACACCUAAAAUUCUUAUUGGUAUGAUCAGUUUUAUCUUUGGAGCUAUUACAUUAAUCUUUUUUAUUCUAAUUCAAAUGCGAGUCUACGGAUCUUAUUCCAGUGGUAUUAACUUUGACAAUACAUCAGCAAUGAAUUAUUGUCGAUCACCUGUGAUGCGUGGUGCUCUGGCGAUGAUUGUUCUUACAUACAUAAAUGUGUUGAUUUUUAUCGUUAUAGUCGUAUUUGUUUUGGUUAAAACUCAAAUUAAACGACAAGAGAAGAAGCAGAUCGACAUGGAAAUGUCGGUAACUACAAGCAGAAAUCAUUGA